AUGCAUUCAUCUAUGCUUGCUAUCUUCUUUGCUAUAGGCGCACCCGUUGUAAGUGCUGUAGCAACUGUUAAUUCAGAGCUAGGAUGUGUGUGCAUGGAGAGAGCCCCUAGAGGACACCGCGACCAAGCAAACUAUGAUCGUACUCAGGGUGGUUGUGAUCUGUAUGGCGGAUUCGUGACUAAUACGCAGGACUUCUAUGGCCGAGCAACAUACUACUGUGUUAUAUCCGAUAACAGUAUCACUCCGGCUACUUGGGAUCAGGACUGGUGCCGCAAGCACUGGCCAACAUCGAGUUAUGGAUUUUGCAACAAAGCAACUCCCCCCUCGUAA